AUGGACCGUGAUCCUGAGGGAAAACAAGCAGUGUCCCUGAGACUAUCCAGGGUGCUCGGGGACAUCGGGGUCACAAGGGAGAUGGUCAUUUGGAGGAGGAAGACAUGGUUGACCAUUGAAAAGCUUGCAACUUUCUUUGGUACUACUGACAAAACUAAAGACUUACACUAUUCCUUCUUUGGAAGCCAAUCUGAAGGCACGACGACUUUCGGAAUGAAUUCAGAUAUAGAUGUUUUAAACACUAACUAUGUCACACAUGUACUGCUGGAGAUGUCUGAAUGGCGGUCUGGAAGAAUACAGAGCCUCCUGGUUCUUAAAAAUGAGCAUUCCCCGCCCCAACAUUGCAACAUGCAGAUGGUCAGGCCGGACAUUCCAGUGCCACUCACAUUGAACAUGGUAAGAGAGGAAUCAAAGACAGUGAUAGUGGACAUGGAGGGGAGGAUGCUUCUUAAAAACACAUACUUUGACAUAUUGAAUAGACAUUUUUACGGAAACGAAUAUGUUAAAAACGGUCCGUCUAGAAGUCUGAGUAAAGAUUAUGAUUGUGUGAAUGCGCUGUCCUGUACCAGACUCCGAGAUGAAUGUAUGUUCUUCCUUCGCAGACCACGGCCUGGGCAUUGGCCCAGCCUUGCGUUAUUGAAAAAGGCAAAAAAGACUCGAACAUAUUUUGUCCCACAGGGACAUGCUGAGAGUAGUUAUCCCACACUGGAAUGGAGAUUUUCUACACCUCACAUAGAAAGGCUGCUGAUAUUUGACUUGAAUAUGAUCAAACUUAAAGUAUACAUAGUUCUCAAAUUAUUAAGAAUAACAUAUUUCAAGCCCAUAUUUGAUGAUAGGUUAAGCACAUUCCACUUUAAGACAGCCUUAUUGUUUACCGUGGAAACAUAUCAACCCAAAAUCUGGAAAAAGAAAAAUAUUCUACAGUGUGUUAUCUACUGUCUUACCACACUUGAGCGCUGGUGUAGGAUACAUUAUUGCCCACAUUACACUAUAUCUGGCGUGGACUUGUUUGUUGGGAAACUGAAGAAGUUUGAGCUGCCACGUAUCUCAGCAAUGUUGUCAGAUAUGAUAGAAAACAUAAGCAAUUAUGUGGUAGACAUAGAAAUGGACCGAUUGGGUGAGAGAAUGCAAAUGUUAACAGGAACCAAAUCCCAUAUCGUGAACCUAUCAUCAAAAUCUGACAAUGAACAAAGCACACUGAAGUACUGUUUGGAGGAACUUCUAAAAGAAUUUUACAACAUAUCAACAAUCUUAGGACUUUCAAAAGAGGAAAGUGCCUCACAGCUUAUCAUAGUAUGUACAAAAGCGGUAAGCGAUUGCCAGUCAUUCAUAAAGGACACUAAGCAAGAGUUUACUAAGGAUGUAUUUUGCAUGUUAAUAAUUUAUUUGAAAUCCAUCUUAGUGUCAGUACAGAGAUCUGUUUGUAUAGAGUCACGUCAAAAUAUCGCAGAACAAAUGAACCAACCGUACCAAGGUUCUUUGGAUUUGUCUUCCGGUAGAUUGAAAUUUGCCUCAAUGUUGUACUGCACCGGGCAGUAUGAGAAGGCAGCAGCAAUGUUAGAACAAACAGAGGAACUUCUGCAUCCAGACGUGUGGCAGCUCAGUUUUGCAGCAGAAAUUUUAAACGUCGGACGCAAUCGUAUCUUUUUGAGGAAACUACUGGACCAACCUGUUUCAGAGAUUGUUAAGACAUUUGUUUUACUCAGUGUCACGUUCUUUCGCCAGGAACUACACUGUGUACCCAAACAUUUGGUGUAUGAGAUGUACAGAACUUUCACACCUGCAGACAUUCAACAACGUAAAGCCGGUGAACUUUAUAUGGCCUUUGCAAUUAUUGAAUCACUUCCAUUUCUCUACUACUUGCAGUACCUCACAUACAGAAAACUUGAACAACAUGACAAAAAACAUUCAGCAUUAAUUAAACUUGCUGACUACGUUAAAGAUACAAGAGAUUUGUGUAGCUAUAUCGAGACGACGUUAAAUGUACUAGGCCACUGUUGUGAACUGGAAGACAUGCUUGACCUGGCUUGGAAAUGCUACUCUAGUUCUCUGAGAAUGUUUCCCUACAACAACGCUGCAAGGUGGCACAUGGCAAUUAUAAUAAACAAACUAAUCAACCAAUGA